AACGUUAUUUCUGCGGCGAGCCCGUUUUUUUCGAAGCUUCUUAAUAGCGACAUGAGAGAGAAGGAGGAAGGAGUCAUUCGGUUCGAAGAGAUUUCAGAAUCCAUUCUCGGAGUUAUUGUAAAGUUCAUUUACACAGGAAGUAUUGAGGUAAAUAGAAAAAACGCCAAGAAUCUGAUAGUCGCAGCCGACUAUUUACCGCUUGAGUCUUUGAAAGUCAUCGCCGGGCGAUUUCUAGAGAAGCAAAUGUCCAACUACAAUUGCAUUUCAACUUUUCACUUUGCCGAGAAAUAUCGGUGUCAAGAACUUGUUCUUCGCAGUACAAACUUCAUUCAAGACAACUUUACUUCCGUAGCAAAGUCAGACGAAUUUUUAAACUUGGAUGCAGAAGAAGUUGAAAAGUGGAUUUCAAGUGAAAAUAUUUUGGUUGCAGCUGAAGAAGAUGUGUUCAGAAUAAUAGUUAACUGGGUCGAGCAAAACAAAGGCGAGCGAAAAGACAAGUUUGAGCAGCUUUUUCGUCAUGUCCGACUGGUCAUGCUUUCGCGUGACUCUUUGUUCUCUGAUGUUGUGACAAAUGAACUGGUAACAGAACAUUUUUCUUUUUUUUCAUGUGCUUCAAGAAGAAGGCUUCAAACGGAAGCCAUUGUAGUACGUGGGGGAAAGAAAACCUACUGUUACCUUCCCGAGGAAGAUGAAUGGAAGCGACUAGCAGACGGAUUAUCAGAAGACCGAGACCACUUUACAAAUUUAAUAAAAUUCCAUGAUCAGCUGUAUAGUUUUCCUCGGAGAAGAAAUGCUGAAACAGAAAAAUAUGACCCCGCUUUCAACAGCUGGACCACAUUAAAGUUACCCCUUCCAAAUGAUAGUAUAUUCUCGUUGGCUGUUGUUAAUGGGCAAAUCCAUGCUACAUAUAUGUACCGACAGUUCCGUCAAGAGGCCGAUCCUUCCCACAGAACCCUCAGACGCGUCGUUAUGUUGUCUGGGUUGGUGAUUAAAAGAUACAAUGUGGAGUUGUGCACCUGGGAGACUCUGCCAUCCUCUCAGGACGUCCACUAUCAGGACGACUCUUGCAUUGUUGCCUUUGGCAACUGUCUGUAUAUUCUUGGUGGUGGAUGUAGUAAUAAAGCUAGCAGAUUUAAUACUGUGGACAGCAAAUGGGAGGAAAUUGCAUCAAUGCCAAUUUCAGAGUCUAGUCCCUGUGGUGUUGCUACUAAAGAGAAGAUUUUUGUUGCUUCUGCCAGUAGCCAGCAAUGUGGAGUGUAUCAGGUUUCCACUAACGAAUGGCAUACCAUUCCAAGUUUGAACUUUACCCGCCCAGUUGUUUCACUUAGUUUGGUGUGUCUUAACGAAACAGUUUAUGUAGUGGGUGUUGCUGAAAAAAAUUCGUCUCAGCCAGCCGAGAUUGUAGUUAAUAGCUAUGAUCCCAAACUAAACAAUUGGAUCCAGAAGACCUCCAUACCUAUCAACGAGAGCCCUAAGGAAGAAACUUAUUCAUUUCAAUGCUCAACAUUGAAACUCUCUAAAGGAUUGCUCACGAAGCCAAAAAUAGUUACAAUUGGCUAG